CCUUCUCUCUCUAGAUCUACUGGAAGUUCUAGCUACAGUAAAGGUCUACAGACAAUCAAAAAAGAAAAUGGCUUCACUUGUACGGUGUAUCUUUGGAGCAAGGCUGUACAGAACGAAUUCUCAUGGAACAGUUAAGGGUCAUGAUUACCAACCCAAUUCUGUUGAGAAGCACAGUGACAAUAUCAUCAAGCUGAUUUCAUUUUGCUGGUCAUUUGGAUACUACACAUCUCCAAUAAUCUUAACGAUCUUGUAUCGAAGAGGUUACUUCAGCCUGGAUGGGGCUUUGAGUCUUGGAAAGUUUGGUGGCAUGGUACUACUUGCAUUAUGUGGAGCCUACUAUGUCAGAGGUUUAGGAAGAGUUAGUAAUCCAGAGUACGGGACUUUCAUCAGUCUACUGGAUGAGAUCAAUAGGAAUGAACAGAAUGAGAAGAGGAAAGAGUUGCAGAUCUAUGAUUUCGAAUUUGCUGCUUGGCCAGUCGAUUAUCAGUGGAGUGAAAGUGCCAGCCAGCCGCUGUGGAAGGACCAGUCCUCUCCAGGCUCCCAGAGAUCCCGGGGUGCUGUUGAAUGGCUUGGUGGGUUGCCAUGCCAACUGCUUGGUUACCUGGCCAUUCACAGCUUUGGGUGCAGGAUAGUGUAUCCAGGAAGCACAGCUCUGCUCAAUGCAGCGAUAGGUUCUCAGCUUCUUCUCGGGAGGAUGAAACUGGUUGAGAAGGACCACGGGAAGAGAGCUAAACUCAGGACCAAAGAUGGCAACUCUAUCGACACCAUGUUUGUAGACAGGAGACUCAAGACAGUAUUCCCCAAUGGACAAAAACUGGUGAUUACGAGUGAAGGAAAUGCAGGAUUUUACGAGAUAGGGUGCAUGGAGACACCCCUCAAAGCUGGAUAUUCUGUGCUUGGAUGGAACCACCCUGGAUUUGGAGGGAGUACUGGGUCACCGUUUCCCGAGUCUGAAGGCAACGCCAUUGCAGCGGUCAUGCAGUACGCAGUGGACGAGCUUGGCUUUGCGUACGAUGACAUCAGUCUGUUUGCCUGGUCUAUAGGAGGAUUCGCUACGUCAUGGGCGGCCAUGAAUUAUCCGCAGCUUUCAUUUGUUAUUGUAGAUGCAACAUUUGAUGAUCUUAUACCUCUUGCUAUAGCUAAGAUGCCGCAAAGUUUGUCAUAUUUUGUUGCUUCAACAAUAAAGACAUACAUGAACAUGAAGAUAGCAGACAACCUUAGCAACUACAAGGGUCCCCUGAGGAUAGUUCGAAGAACAAAGGAUGAAAUCAUUAUAACAUCUGAAUUUCCUGAUGUAGCAUAUAACAGAGGGAAUGAUCUACUAAUCAAGAUAUUACAAUCAAGAUAUCCGAAGCUGUUAGAUGAAGAGGUGACAAAAGUUUUACGGCAAUUCAUCAGCAUUUCAGAUCAACUUAGCAUGUUAUCCAUGUAUUCAGCGUUUGACGUAGAAGACUCCGCCUGCUUACGGGUUCUUAAAGACUAUGCUGACAAGCACUCUACCAAGUUCCCCAUGCUCAUAGGUGAAGACAUGACUCAUGCAAGGAAGGUGCAAUUGACUUUGUACUUGAGCACAAAGUACAUGACAGACUUUGACUCCACUCACUGUUCCCCCCUGCCAGCAUCUUACUUCCUGCCCCCAUGGUCUCUGGACGACGAGAUGAAUUGAUAGCCGCCCCACUCCCCCCCCCCCUUCCCCCUGGUUCACUCUCGGUGGCAAAACCUCGCCCCUCUUCCUACCCCCAUGGACUUUGGACGACGAGAUGAAUGGAUAGCCCCCUCCCCCGCCCCCCACCCUCCCCCUCCCUCCCCCUCCAUUCUUGCUUCACUCUCGGUGGCAAAACCUCGCCCCCCUCUUAACACACUCGCCAGGAUCAAGUACAGUACCAUCUUACCCAAUUUUGACGAGAUGAAAUCAGUGCCCCCCCCCCCUCCCCUUAUUGCUUAGUUUCAGUCCCGCAUUCGCUUCUCUAAGCACACCAUGAAAGGAUCUUGCUGAGAUGAAAUAGGGCUACCCUCUCUCCACUUUGGGUCACUAUCCUUGCUUCUCUCAAAUCACCCAGCAUAUUACUUCCAACCUCUGGGGGCUGUGGAUAAUGAGAUGAAGUAUAAUUACCCCUCCCCCACCUCCCUCCCCUCCACUCCAAUCACUGUCAGUCGCACAUCCGACCCUCUAGCACGCCGCUGAAAGGAUGUCGUACCUCAAUGGACCGUUGUAAUGAGAUGCAAAGAGCAGCCCCUUAUCCCUUAUCCCUUACCCAUUUCCUUGAGGGUUUGUAUCAUCAGUUUGCUGAAAUAGUACGAAAAUAGACUGGAUCUAAGAGCUUCGUGUUGGGGCUGGCAGCAUGCACAGAGACUGAGUAAAGCUUUAUUUCUUGGGUUUUGACACGAUUGUGAAGAGUAGUGCUUAUCAAUGAGAUUUAAACCUAUUGAGGCUUCAUGCACGAAUAAAUAUGAUCCAUUGACAUGUCGUGGGAUCUUUGUGUGUGCAAUCUAGUUCUUCACUAGAAAUAAUAAUGAUGAUUGUACAAUAUAUGUAGAUGACACGUCACCCAACUAUGGAUCACAUGGUUCAAGUCCUGUUGCAACAAUAACGUCCUUUGGCAAAGACAUUAAUCUACAUUUGCCGCUCUCCACCUACGAGUUCAAUAGAUACCCAGAAUACUCCCCAGGGUGUGGAGCGUGUGCACUAUCAUGUUCGGAUUAGCAAUUGAAUCCUUUAACCGGGAUGAUCAUAAUUACAACAUAAAGCGCUCAGAAACGUAAUAUCAAGCACUAUCCGAACUUGAAUAUUACUAUAUAUGAACGUGCAUGGGUCAAUAGGAGGAUAAGCAAGAAAUCAAGUGGAAUACAAUGUGCUUGAUCCAAAGCACGUUCAGAUAUGGCGCGGUAAACCACCGCAUAAAAGCAGCGGCAUACUUAUAACAUGUAAAUGAAUGGCGUACAUAAUAAUAAUAAUAAUAAUAAUGAACGUUACUUGUAUAGCACAUAUCACUAACACAAAAAAGUUCCUAUGCUCUUAAUAGGAAAGAAGGAAAUAGAGAUAGGGCAGAAUAAAAAUAAACAUUUAUGCCUGAUAUGGGAGUUGUUGCUACCUUGUUUGGCGUUCAACAAUAAGGGAUAGAGCAACGUCGAUCUGGCGCUGCUCAGUGGCUGCCGGGCUCACGAUCAAUUGGGCAAAAAGAAUUUCCGUUUUGGUUUAAGUCUACAGGAUCACACAGAACUCGCUCUCAACUAUCAAUCAUCAUUAUUUAAUAAAAUUUGGAUUGGACUAUUAGGCUAUUAUUAUUAUUAUGAUUACAUGAAAAAAAUUAAUUACAAACAACGACAAUGAUAUACAUAGUAUGCAUGCCUGGUUGCUAUCUGAUUUUGCAAAAAGUAAAAAUUUAAAGUAGAAUAGAUCCUGAAGAAGAUGCAUGUAAAUUCUUUCAAAACAAAACAAAGUGUGGAUUUGAAACUUUAGAACAGGGAUAUGAUUAGAAUUAUAUGAAAUUUAUGUUCUUUCCAUGCAGAUAUUAAUAUGCAAUACAUAUAAAGUUUGUCUGCUUUUGAUAUAAAUGUAGUUAUUUCUCUUCUUUGAGAUACAUUUAGUUAAUGAAUAAAUAGAAUGUGUUAAAACGGUGUUGCAUGUAAAUUAUAUGUGAAAAUGGUAAUGAUAUUUAUUUGAGUCUUUUCUUUGAUCAUGUUUGGCUUAUAUAUUGAAAUUAAUAAAAAUUCAUCUUUUUGAAGCCAGAAGGGCAUUAACUCAUAUACAUGAACAAAGAUUUAAAGCCCUUCCGGCUCUCAACAGCAAUAUUUCCUCUUUGGUCAUCAUGGAUGUUGACGUUUCGCUCAAUUUUCAAGAUUUUGCUGUAUUUAAAUAUUCUGUCGAAUUCCAGCCAAAUGUGAACGAUGCCAAAUGUUGUCUCCGAAUUAUUAUUAUUUUGUUUUUGUUUGUUAAUAAAGUGAGUCACUGUUCUGUAUAAAGCUUUGAGAGAAUCAUUAACGAAUAUGUCAUGUCACUCAUAGAGGUGCAUACUCUUGAAAGCUGAAUGUAUUUAUCUGAAUUUAUGCAAAAUAGGGCCAAAUUUUGAUGAAAGAUUCUCUUGCCGAGGCGCUAUCAGUAGACACGCUUUUCUAGAUGAUAUCGUUUGCAUGGAGGCACUUGCUGCUUCCCUAGCUGCGCUGUUGGUUGUCGCAUCGGUUCCUCAGUCUGCGAAGUGGAAAUUAGACAUUGGGUUACGCACUGUUGGCAAGUUGACCAAGAGAUGGCGCUGUGCAGUAAACUACACUAGGACAGAAAUUUCAUCAGUUCAGUAUUGCUUUACAAGACCUGCAUUAGAGCAUUUUAAGUUGCUUUUUUUCAUAAGAGUGUGUUUCAUUUGUAUGCCUUGGCUCAUACAUGUUUGUACAAUGUAUAUAGUACAAUGUUUAUUUGUGAUUGUAUAUUAAAAGUAAUACGGAAAAAGAAUGUCAUGAAUAUAU